GGAGAGAGGGGCAGAGAGAGUGUACUGGAGUCGGCACCCCUGGGGAGUCCUAAUUCACAGGCUGCCAUCUGAUUUUGAUUUUAAUCAUUUGUGAUCAAUAAGGACACUCUGCGCCUCUGCUGGGACUCCUCCCGUGGCUUUUGCGCAUCUUCUGCCCCGGAUCACCGGCUAAGUCGUGUUUUUUUUUUUUUUUUUUUUUUUUUUAAAUCUGCCGCAUAAGAUGUUAACAACGCGACCAACAUCCCCUCCGUUCAUUCAGUGGUGACAAGUUCGCUCUUCCGACGCGAAUGUGCGCCAGAUCGAGCAAAGAAAAAAACCCCGGAGAGAAAAACAAGUUGUACUUGUCAACGAAAACAUCCAAGAGCAAGAACAAUGAGCCGGGCUGCCGCUGUGGAGCGUUAAAACGGAAAAAAACAAAAGAUCACUAGUUUUCGUCUCUGCCAGGCUGCCGGGCACCUCCGGGUGGAAGCGAGGGUUCAGAUAAAUACGCAAGUGUUUGAGAAGGGUUUGAGCGCAAGGAUGACGGUGAAGCUGGACUUUGAGGAGGGUUUGAAGGACUCUCCACGCUUCAGAGCUGAGAUCGAAGACGUCCAAAAUGAUGUGAGUGAACUCGAGACACGACUGGACAAGCUAGUGAAACAGUGCCAGGCCAUGCUGGAGGCAGGCAAAGUCUACUGUCAGACCAGCAAGAGCUUCGUCAACGGCCUCCGGGAGCUCGGAUACCACUGCUCUGAGGACAAGAUGAUGGCGGAUUGCUUGGAGAAGUUUUCCAAAAAGUUGAAUGUCAUUUUUGAUGCACAGGGGGAAGUGAUUGAGACCACACAGAAGUCAGUCAAGGCGAAGCUGCAAAGCUUUGUGAAAGAAGAUGUUCGCCGAUUUAAGGACAGGCGAAAAGAGUUUGAAAAAAGCAGUGAAGCCCUGGAGGGGGCGCUGGCAAGAAACGCCCAGGCUCCGCGGGGGAAGCUACAUGAAGUGGAGGAGGCGAGUAACGCUCUGCUCAACGCGCGCAAGUCCUUCAGGUCUGAGGCUUUGGACUACGUUCUGGAGAUUAAUGUCACUGAGGCCAAGAAGAAGACCGACAUUGUGCUGGCAAUGUUGUCACUGAUGGAUGCCCAAGCUCAGUUCUUCCAGCUGGGUCACCAGUCUCUGUCAGAACUGGAUGACUAUCGGCAAAAGCUGAAUGAAGAGCACAAGCAGUUUGUCCUUGACUGUGCCAGAGAAAAGAGGGACAUGGAGCAAAGACACGCAGCAAUCAAGAAGAAGGACAUGUGCUAUGACGACUCCAUUAUGGACUUUAGUGCCGAUGCUGCUAAUGGGAUUGCAAUGGAGGGCUAUCUGUACAAGAGAGCCAGCAACGCCUUCAAGACCUGGAGCAGGCGCUGGUUUUCAAUUCAGAAAAAUCAGCUGGUGUAUCAGAAGAAAUUCAAGGAGCAGCCUACAGUUGUGGUGGAGGACCUGCGUCUGUGCACAGUCAAGCCGAGCAGUGAGAAUGAGAGACGGUUCUGCUUUGAAGUGGUCUCCCCAUCAAAGUGCUGUUUGUUGCAGGCGGACUCAGAAAGGCAGCAGCAAGCGUGGAUCAGUGCCGUCCAAAACAGCAUCGCCACAGCCUUUCAGGAGCGCAGAGAGGACACACACAGCCCGAGACAGCGCUGCAGCUCGGUGUCUACAAGCAGCUUGGGAGGAGGUGGAGGAGGAGGUGGAGGAGGCGUGGAUCAGGAGAAUGAGGGCUACAAAGCACUGGAGGAGGUUCAGGCAAUCUCGGGGAACAGGCAGUGCUGCGACUGCGGAGAGCCGGGUCCUGAUUGGGCUUCCAUCAACCUGGGCAUCACACUGUGUAUCGUCUGCUCUGGAAUACACAGGAGCCUGGGAGUCCAUUUCUCCAAAGUACGCUCCCUCACCCUCGACUCCUGGGAGCCCGAGCUUGUUAAGCUGAUGUGUGAAUUGGGGAACACGGUUAUCAACAGGAUCUAUGAAGCUCGGAUUGAUGAGAUCACCAUCAAGAAGCCCACUCCCUCCAGUCCCAGAGGAGACAAGGAGUCAUGGAUUCGAUCAAAGUAUGUUGAAAAGAAGUUUAUCCAUAAGCUGCCUGAGACUGGCAGGAACCCGCCACUGAGGCGAUCCAGCGGCAGGAGAAACCGUGCGACCACACAGAUCGCGCAGAGACCGCCUCUCAAACCCAAACCGAACCGAGCCACUCUGCCUCGGGUCACAGGGUUAAGCCCCAGUGACCUCGUCAAGAACAAUUCAGGCUUCUACAAAGAUAUGGAAGAGGAAGAGGAGGAUCUCAGCCACCUCCACCCCGGGGCGCUGCUGUACCGCUCGGCAGCCCUGCAGAACUUCCCCGUCAUGGCCGACGCAUUGGCUCACGGAGCCGACGUCAACUGGGUCAAUGUGAACGAGGACUCGAGCACGCCGCUCAUACAGGCCGUCUCAGUGAAUGCCCUGGCAGCUUGCGAGUUCCUGCUGCAAAACGGCGCCAACGUAAACCAGGCAGACAGCAAUGGUAGAGGACCGCUGCACCACGCCACCAUCCUGGGCCACACAGGGUUGGUUUGUCUGUUUUUGAAGCGAGGGGCCGACUACAAUGCCAGAGACAAGAACCAAAAGGACCCCAUAACUAUCGCUGUGGAUAAUGCCAAUGCAGACAUCGUCACUUUGUUGCGGAUUGCCAAAAUGAACAAGGAGAUGCGGGAGAUGGAUGGAGCAUUUGGCCAAACAGGUGAUGAAACCUACCAGGACAUUUUCAGAGACUUUUCACACAUGGCCUCAAACAACCCCGAGAAGCUCAAACGUCGCAGCGCAGACCCCAAAUCUUAACCAGCUGCCUCCUCCUCUCCUCCUUCCAUGUACAACACCACCUACUUUCAGACACGUAUAGAAAAGAUUCAGCUCUCAGGCAUGCAGACACACUCUCUCUUUCUCUCUCUGGCUACCUGCCACGGGUUCGGUCACAGUUCAGCUGGUGUUGACUUCAGAGGGGACGAACGGUCCAGACAGUGAAUUCUUUGUGUGAGCACGUCAGAGCAGAACAAUCGCAUCCAAGUGGAAACAUUGAAGCAGCUUUAUGAGACCAGCGUGAGGUGUCUGCAGCAGAGGGCAGCGCCGUUACUCUGCCAAAAUCUUUCUAAUUAAAACCAGUAAAUCUGUUUUUGUUUUCGCUUUUUUUUUUUCUAUAAGUGAAAAGGGCUGUUUUGUUUUUGUUUUUUUAUGUUCUGCCAUUUCUACUGAUUGUUACAUGAAACUAAGUGAAAAUGUUUGUAGGAAAUUGUAAAAACGUUACAUUUUAUUUCUACUGUCUGCCGUGGAAUUGGAGCAUCUGCAGAUUUUUUUUUACAUUUGGGACGUUGUGUUCAUUUUCUAUUUUGUCUAAAUUAUGUGAGGUACAUUAAAUUUGCAUUCAGAUCAAAUAAAAGAAAAUGCAAACUCA